UUUCGUUUCUUUUUUUUUUUAUCUCCAUGAACAAGUUUGUCAAUCUUUCAUUGUUUACAAGCAAGACUCUCACAAGACGCGUCUGUGCACAGUGUCAUGUUCGCUUACUCAGCACGAUGGAUAGUCAAGCACAAAUGGAAGCUACCAUGAACAAAAUUGAAGACCUAUUCAGUGCUGCCAAAGACGAGUUGGAAUAUGCCGAGGAGUCACAAGGCACAACCUAUUAUGAAGAAGAUCGUUCUACAGCUAAAAAAGCUGUGGAAGAUGUUCUUCAAGCGUAUGAUCAAUUCUUACAAGAUUUACCUACUCAAGACAUGAAGACUGAAGUCAAUACAAAAGUGGGCAUGAAGAUCAAGGAGCUAAAAAUGACCUUUGAGGCACUUCCCGAAGUAGGACAUUAAGUCGCUUGCUUUUUUUUUUAUUUGCUUGCAGGAACAU